AAAUUUCCUGACAAAAUGGAGUCCGGCUCGCGCGUCGUACUUGCUGCGUGCUGUGCACAUUGACGGAAAAUGGGGCGUCAGGUAGAGAGGUAUAGUCCGCGCGACGACGAGUCGUCCCGGGACAAAUUCGUAACGAAUAUCCUCCUCGUUCGUGGGAGGGCGAAGGGAAAAUUCAUGGGAAGCGAGAGAUACCGUAUCCCGAUCGUUUGAUCGCGCGCGGGGAACAAAACGCGACAAGCGUCCAUUAAAGAAAGGUUAGGAGGUCAUGUCCGCGGGCGAUGAGAUUUCGUUGUCAAACGUUAUGCAAACGUCAACGAGGAGGUGAGACGACGCGGGGAUGGUCUCACGUCGAUACAUUUGCCAAACGGUUCUCUACCGGAGAGAAUCGCGUGAUAGGUGGCCGAAUCUCCUGGCGCGGUCCUAGGGAGGGCGCGCGCACCCCCGCGGAGUAUACGAAACGAGCUCAAGCUCAGGUGGGCGAGAGCGCGCGGACCCAGGGGGAGGGGGCGCGUACGCGCGCGGAUUACUAGGCACGCGGGGGCGUAAUAGUGGGGGAGGGAGGAAGGACGCGCCGUCAGUUCAACGCGAGCCACGGACGAGUGUGGGUCGCGCGCGCGUGCGUGCGUGCGUGCGUGCGAGCGAGCGAGCGAACGAGCGUGCGUGCGAUUUGUUGUCGCGGUUUGCGUGUAAAUUGGUGGUGUAGGGCGUAAUCGGCGCCCACGGUCGCCGGUGAUCGACGUGUCGUCGUCUCUCCGUGUUUCGGGCCGGCGACGCUCUCGCUCGCGAGAAAAUCGGCGGCGCGACGCGGCGAGUAACCGCGCGCGAGACGACAAGCGUCGUCGCCGAGGAGCAUCAUCUCGCCGUCUCUCCCCCUCCCCCCUCCUCGCGGCAAUCCGCGAUGCGGGCUCGAGUGCCGUAAACGUAGCCGCGGGUGAAACUACGCGCGGGAAAAACCGAAUGCGUCGGGUGCCGACGGCGACGACGACGACAACGACGACGAGGACGACGAGAACGAGGACGAGGACGAGGAAGAGGAAGAGGAGCAGCGGGCGGCCACCGACGUGGGAUGAGCGCGAGGGAAGUCACCCUUUCCGGCGGGUCCCCCUGGGGCUUCCGCAUGCACGGCGGUUGCGACACGCAUCAACCCCUGCGCAUCUCCAGGGUGAAUCCGGGAAGCAAGGCGGCCCAGCAGGGGGUGAGAGAGGGUGAUCUGAUCAGUAACAUUAACGGAAAGAGCACUCGAGAUUUGACCAACAGCGAGGCACAUGCUUUGCUACGCAAUUCCGGGGAGCAGUUGAAACUCGGUCUCAAUCAAGAGAAUAUCGGCUCGCCAAAGAGGAGGAUCUACAGGAGCAGCCUGCAGGAGAACACCAGCGAAAUCCAGAACAAGACCAUCACGAGGACCACGACAACGCUUACGCGGACGGAGACGGAGAGGAACGUUGCCAAUGACACAAAAGUCGAGCAGAGCUACGCCAAUCAGAACGGCGCUGUGAGGAGCUGUCCGAGCGAACAACAGAGCGACGCGAUAAAAGGACACCGCGAUCUUCCGGAUUACGCGACCGACGCGGAGGACUGCGCCGUGAUGCCGCAGGGCAACGUGCGCAACCGCAACCGCGGCCGCAGGAAUCGGAACCGUCGGCGAGCUCCCCAGCCACCGGCGAACGUCACGGAAUCCCCGCGAAGGGAUGCCGAACGGAGGAAGCCCGACGAGGAGGAGAAUCGCCUGGCGACCUCGAGGAAUGAACGUGGGAACGGCGGCAACGAUGACGACGAUGACAAUGACGUCGUCUCGAAGACAAACGGUCCCGUCGCGGAAAAUCCCACUUCGGUAGACGUCAAUUCGAUCGAGGAUCGCGACGCGACCUCGUCGAGUCGAGGAUGCAGAUUCCGGCCGGACGACAAGCGCAGACUCGAGAAGAUCGAGCUGGCGGGAUCUCGCCCGAGGAUAAUCGAGAUCACGACGGUCAGCAGUUUACCUCUGGAGGCGACGAUCGGCCAUAUCGCCGGGGUAGGUAUCCUGGAGACCGGCGGCGGCGUCAACGGUUCGUCGAGGGAGCCGACGGUAUCGGAGCCGGUGGAACCGAUACGAUCCCUUUCUGCAGACUACGCGAAGAUGACGAGACGCUCGAAGAACGAGGAGACUCGAUUAGAGAUUCGAGAAGUCGACGACGACGACAACGACAAUGCGGCGGAGGCUGACUCUGUCGUCGAGGUCGAAUCCGACGCGGAGAGGGAGUCGGUCGGCGGACAGGACUCCUUUGAGGAUCGGUCGAGGGAUCGGGCGAUCGGACAGCAAUUCGCGCUGCAGAGGAAGCUCGCGAAAUCGGAGAUGGAAUCUCCGACGCUGAUGUGGGCCACGGUGAUGCCGAGGGACGUGGAGAAGAAGCUGCGGAAUUUUAUCGAGGAUCUUCAGCUGCCGAGUUUCUCCGAGGAGGUGAUCGAGGACGAGAGUAGGUCUCUCGAAGAUAUUUCACCGCAGGACGUCGGGGCGGAAGAGAGCAGAGCCUUGGAGAAGGCGGCCGACUCGUCGUCCUCUCGUCGGAAGGCGAGGAAGCGCGCGAUGUCGGCGUCGCAUUACGCCAGCAGCUUUCUGGACAUCAUACAGGAGGAGGGCGAGAGGCUGUCGGAGGACGAGGCGCAGCACAUCCGAGACUUCAUAAACGAGGAGAUCAGCAAGUAUCGGCGCGAGGACAGACCCUCGGUCGAGAGGACGACGGAUGAGGACGUCGGGGCGAGAUGCGAGAUUGAUUCCGGGAAGAUCGAAUCGGUCUCGGUUGCCGAGAAGUCGAGAUGCGACAUUGAGAUUAAAACUGAUACCAUAGAGAAUGACACUUUGGAAUUACGUUCGCGCGAAGACGAAGCGAAGGAUGAAAGCGUCGCGAGUCCUGAGACUGAAGUGGCGAGAGAGGCGGCGAAUCCCGCGGCGACGGGCAAAGAAGAAAUGAAUGCGGAAAACGACGUCUUAAAUGAUGAAUCCGCGGAAAUUGCAGCAAGCGCAACAACACAAGAUAAUUCAAAGCCCGAGGACCGAGGUUGUGUCGCUGAGAAAAUUGAGAUUGUGAAAAACGAUGCUGCAGCGAGGGACACGACGGCGGCGGCGGUAGAGAGAAGAGGGACGAGUGCAAUCGCGACGAUAGUAAGUGAUAUCGGUGACGCGGACGUAAGUAAAGCGGAAGAUAAUAAAUUUCCGCCCGCGGCCGUCGAGGACGCUGGUGCACCCGCGAAAUCGGAGUCCCGCGAGAACGUUCCACGAAAAGAUUCCAUCGUCAAUCAUGGCGCGCUGGACGACAGCGGAACAGUUGAUUCAUCCUCGAGUUCAUCGCCGAGAGCGCAACCGAGGCAACCGCCGCCCCUGCCGAGGAGGUCGUCCAGUUUCGGCCGCGAGCGUCAGAGACCGCCGACGCCACCUGAAAUAGACUAUGUCUCGAGUAGCGCGAACGUUUAUCGUCGGCCGUCCGGCGAGCCGCGCGGGUCGACGAAUUUACCCGCGCGGAAGCGAGACGACGAGCCGCCGCCGCCGCCGCCGCGACGGCCGGAACUCCCCGGAGAAGCGCGAGAGAACGAUCGGGCGAUUUUUUCGAGCUCGUCGCGCGACCCGGCGAUUAUUCGCGCUAAUGAGACUUGCGGCCGCGUAAAUCAGGUCGGAGCUUCCUCGAGCGAGGUCGGUCGAUCGAUCGCGUCAUCGGGUAUUCGCGACGAUGAUCUGUCACGCUCGUGCAGCACCGGCACGCACGACGUCGUUGUCGUCGCCGCCGCGACGACGUUGGCAAGCGCGACGGGCACGGAAAUAACGCGUCGCGAGGAAGGGAAGCCCGUGACGCCCGUCGCGCCACCGCCACCGCCGGCAGCAGCGUAUGAUCAAAACGCGUCGUCGUCGCGCCGGCAGGAAGAGGACGACGAAGCCGAGGCGUCGCGCAGGUAUCCCUCGGGUCUUCGCGGGGACGCCAGCUCGGAAAGGAGGAACCUGACGGCGGCGAGCCAGGACGAGUCAUCGAGGUGCGACGGAUCAUCAGACUCGGUGAGGGACAGGGAGCCGGCGGCGAUGGGUUCCUCCGGCUCGAAGGGCAAGAAGAAACCCGAGGGUAAGAAGAGCGAGAAGAACGAGAAAUCGACGUUCGGCUUCCGCCGCGAGCGAUUAGUGAAGAGGAACGAGACGUCGGAGACGAGAAUAAUCGAACGAUACGAGGAGAGCGCGAGCGCCAACCAGCGCGAUGGCCUCCGCAAUUCGGAGUAUUCGAAUACGUGGGAGCUGAAGCGCGAAGAGAAGCACGAGGAAGAGACGCGCAGCUUGUCCCGUGAGAGCGACGCGAGGAAUUCGUUCGACGAGACGAGCUCUCAGGAGGAGGCGGACGUCCCGGCGAGCGAGAGCCCCUCGCUCGAGGUGGAACUGGGCGACAUUCAAGGGCACGACUCGUCCAGCAGUACCACGUCCCUGAACACCGUGAAGCACCGUCCGCUGGAGGCGUCGUUGACCGACAUCAGCGCGAUCGUCCGCGAGACGAGGGAGGAGAACUCGAGAAACGAGGCGGAGGAGUCUCCGAAGCGGAAGCUGACGCCGGGAGAGAGCGGUCGUCCGGUUCCCUACUCGCCCGUGGAGGAGGAUCCUCAUCACCGUGUACCGCGGCCGGAGGAGAUCGUCCCCUCCGUGGAAACUCCCUGCGAGAAGGCUGCGGGAGACGUGUCUAAGGCGUCGCGACUACCGUCCUCCCUUAGACAGCUCUGCGUCGAGAGAAUUCUGUCGAUGCCGUACGGUGCGCGGGUGAUAGGCGAGAUCACCACGCCCAAGUUCAACAUCUUCGAGAGUCUGCGGACCCUGCAGAGAUUUGUGAGUGACGCGCCGGCGACUAACGCCCGACUAAACUCGAUGCACGGGGCGGGCGAUGAUGGACGACGCGGACUAACGAAAACGCCGGGCGAGGGCGGGUAUCAGCCUCGUCCUAACGACAUUACGAACGCUGUUUCAGACCAGGCCAAGUUGCCGAGGAGCGUUAAUAUUGAGUUGUCAGGGUCGGAGGGCGAGAUGGUAGACAAGCGAGAACCCGGAUGGCGUGCGCUCAGCACAACGGAGAAUCCCAGGCUGCUGGUGUGCCUGUCGCCGUCGCAACAGGCCACGCAGGUGCGCACGAGCGCCGACACCCUGCUGGACCUUCACCGGAAGUUCCUGAACCGCUACAGCUACCGCGAGGAACAGCCGCAUUACGUACCUCUGCCGCAAUAUCGGGUUGAAAUUCGUCCGAUCAAAGAGGACGGCGACACGGCCGCGAAGGCACCUAAGCCAAUCGCACGACCGAUUCAACGAGAGCACUCCGCGAUCGAGAGCUCCGGCAGCAGGCUGCUGGAGAUCAUCAAGGAGGAACGGAACGGUCCUCGAAACGAUACACUCGCGAAUCAGCAGACGAAGACGAUAACCGACGACGCCAGGGGUCAAGAAUGUUUUAAGGCCGAGUCUCGGCCAAACGACUGGCUGAAUCUAGCCAGACACGAUCGCCGAAGCGCCACCGCGAGCGAGCUAUUCCUGGCGGCGACGAGGGGCGAGGAUGGCGAAUCGAGCGACGAUAAGCCGAACGGUCAUGUGGGCCGGUCUGAUCGGCCUAAGAUUGCGACACGUCCCACCACCUACCAUCAGACUGGAUAUCGACCGUCGGCGAUGAUAGCGCGCGACUCGGAUAGAUUGCUCGCGAAUAACAUUAAGUGUCCGUUGGUGAACGGUGCCGAUCGAUCGAUGGACGCCAUCGACGAGAGGACGCCGCCGCCUCUCAGGAGGGCAGCCGAUCAGCUCGCAGGCAAGCACGUGAACUCGGCGUUGAUCGACGACAGAAUCGAAGUACCGCCGUUGCCGAAGCGCGCGGUCACGGUCGAUAGAUCGUGCAUCGACACGAGGAGCAUCUUCGACCAGAGUCCGCCGAGGAGUCGCCUGGAACCACGUAAGGGUCACCGCGAGGCGGAGAAACUGAAACACGUGGCCGCUGUGGAGAUAAUGGGCAAGCUGAAGAAGCUGCAGACGGAAACGUCACGGCGGCUCGAGGACGACAGGUCGGCGGGCUCCUUGCCUCCGGAAUACUUCGCCCAGCAGCUAAGGUACAUCGAGCUGUUGGAGGAACAGCUGAAGAACGUGAUACUGGCGGAGGAGGAGGAGAGGAAGGCCUUCGAAGAAUUCCAAACGCAUUUUCAUCGAACGAAACAGGGCGAUGACGCGAGGAGGCCGUUCCUCGCCGAUAUCCCCGAAGAAGCCUCCAAAAAGGCAGGUAGCGUAAAUCUCGAACGCGAACGCGAAAUUCCGAUCGACGUCCGUGACGAGCUGACGGACGGUAAAUGUGCGGAGGAUAAGCGGGGGGGUCUCGUGGAGAAAUGCUCCAAAGAGAUCUGUCGUGACGAGCCGGGAAUUCAGAAGGAAUCUUGGCACGAGAAAUCGCGGAACGUGGAGGAAGAUCACGCGGAGACGGUCGAUAAAACGGGCAAUCGGCAGUUCUCGGGGAGGCUGCGUCGUGAGAGCGGGCAUCGCGAGGAAGAGGAAUCCUCGGAGAGUAUUGAACGCCACGUGGUGGUCGCGCAGAAGGGAAAUUCGACGAGAACGGAGAUGAAGAACGAGACGUGCCAGCCUUUUCGGGAAACUAACGAGAGUGGAAUUAAGGACGAACGCCGCGCGGAAACCCCUCGAUCGACGAGGAUGCCGAGGAGCGAAGGCUCCUCGGAGGUGUCCGCCGAGAAGGCAGUUCAGCGUAGGAACGAGGUGAAGCGACCGACAACGUUGCCGACGAAUGGCGAGGCGUUUCGACAACGGAUGUACGACGAGUACGUGCACAAGGUGUUGGAGCGGCAGGAGCGUAAGAGCCACAAGGUCGUGAAGAUCAGCGCGCACGAGGACAUCAAGCGCAAGUCGGACGGCGACAUGAGCGUGAUGGCGAGGGAGUUCAUCGAGAAGGCGCGCAGCCGGCUGAACAAGUUCGGGAUCAAUCUCGACGAGAGCGGGACGGAGCACGAGGAUGAGGAGGGCGGCGACGCCCUGAUCAACGCGAAAUUCCUCAUCGACGGCAAGGAGCUGCGGGACGUGCGCAAGCUGCCGAAACACCUGCGGGAGUUCCUGAAGAUCUCCACGAUGAGCGACAACGACGACGACAACGACGACGAGGGCGAGAACGUUAUGUUCGCCCCCACGUUUAAAGCCUCGUCGGCGAAGCCAGGCGUUUGGUCGCCAGGACAAACGCCAGUUGGGAAGGCACCGAGUCCCGAGCGUACCAAAGUACCCCAGAAGAACGAGCCGAUCCCGCCGGUUUGGACCCCCGCCAGCGCCGGCGCGAGCCCCAUCGCCGAGAGGAAGGAAUUUCGUCCCGUGCCGUUCGAGAGUCCUGUGCUGAGCCGGAAGAGGCAGCCAAAGGAAGAGAAGGUGCCUCCGCCUUGGGAAGGCGAAGACGGGAGGAAGGAGAGCGGGAUCUCGCGAAUCGUCAAUUCCCACUCGGCGCCCACCCAGGGGCUGAACGCGCUCGCGUCCACGCCGCGAUUGCCACGUGCCCAGAAUCCGACCAUCACGCUGCUGCAGAAAGCGCGAGAGGGUCAGUUGCCGAAAGGUGCGGCUUACUUGGACGAGAGCGUAUCCGCCAAUAAUCGACCGUUGAGCGACGAGAGACCGCUGAUCUCUCCGGGGGAGAUAAUCUACACGCUGAAGAAAGAAUACGAGAGUGAGCCGGAAACGGAGGCUGAACCGCCGAAGAAGAUGGCCGAUCUGGGCCCUCGAAAGUUCGAGGGGAUCGGCCCGGUGACUAAGGAGGGUAUCCCUCUCGUGUUGAGAUCGGAAGUCAAGGAAAGCAAUCAAGCGAAAUGGUACAAGAAAAUGUACGACUCGCUGCACCGCGCGGACAGAAACGAUGACUACGUAACCAUAAAAUACAAAACAAGAAGAGGAGGCAGAUAUGGAUACGGAAGUAGCAGCGGAUAUUUGAGCGAACCGGAACCGCGCGCAUACUCGGAUCGAUCCGUCACUUUCGAUAGCCGCCGACGGCUGCGCAACAAAGAAAAUGACUUCACCACGGCGACUAUGCCCAGAAAGAAUGGGGGGCUGAAAUACUCGGCGGAGAUUUACAAGAAUCAGCCCGGCCGCAUCGAGGACUAUGAACCAGGACGCUCGUCGAUCGCCGAGAAGGAAGCCAAAGAGCCAACUUACGACGCGCGGACGAGAAGGAAGUGGUGGGACGAGGUCAUGGACAUAUUUGACGGGUGGCUGAACGAAAACGGACGUCCUCAGCACACUAGGAUGGGGCCUCUGAGCGGUGGCGUCCGGCAGUCCCGCGUCCUCAGCCUCUCCUAUCGGCCGGAGGACAGUCCUUUCGAUCAGCGCAGCAACGCACGCGCCGCGGCCAAGCCGUACAUAACUCAUGCUCUCAAGGAGUCAGGCUACGAGAGCGACUCGACGCUGGUGUUCCGCCGACGAGAAGACAUCAGUCCUCUCAGUGUACUGGAGCAAAGACUAGCGUACAAAACGGUGCAGAGCGGUGGCGACGUACCCCUCCAUGGGCUUCGCAAGCCAGCCCCGGAACGUCCGAAGGAACACUCGAAUGCACCCCCGCCGCCGCCAAAAUCCCAGCACUACAGGGACGAACGCCAAGAAUCGCCAAGGCGUUAUGUAGAGGGUGAGGUGACGAUUCACUAUCGCUCGCCGGUGCGCACAGAGGCGAAGGAGCCGCUGAGCGAGGAGGAGCUCGCACGUCGCAGCGCGGAGAACAUGCGGCGCGUCUACCAGGAGGAGCGCCGUCGCAAGUACCUGCAGGAGUUGCACGACAUCGACUCCCGCAGGCACACGGAUAACUUUAUACCAUCGCAGAAGUCGCCCAUACCCCUGAAUCGCUACGACGAUUUCGUGGACGAUUUGAGCCAGCGAAGUCGAUCCCAAGAUCAAACACCGGAGCCGCGUCUGGUGGCGAGAGCGCUCUACAAUUUCGUCGGCCAGUCGUCCCGGGAAUUGACUUUCCGGCGCGGCGAUCUCAUAUUCGUUCGGCGACAGGUGGACAAGAAUUGGUACGAGGGGGAAUACAACGCGAUGAUCGGCCUGUUCCCCUCCAAUUACGUCGAGAUCCUGCCGUACGACGGCACGAUGCGUACGACACCGAAAAAGGCUCACGAGGGGCAGGCACGGGCCAAGUUCAACUUUGUCGCUCAGACCAAUCUAGAGUUGUCUUUGGUGAAAGGCGAAUUGGUGGUCCUGACGCGGAGGGUUGACGAAAAUUGGUACGAAGGGCGCAUAGGAAACAGAAAGGGGAUCUUUCCGAUAUCCUACGUUGAGGUCCUCACCGAACCCGGACAUCGAUCAGAGACACCGAUUCAGAACAAACCGGUCGCGUCUCCGGCGGCGCACAGUCUCUUAGCGAACGGCUCGUCCGGAGGGAAAUUGAGUAUGGGACCCCAUCAUUACGUGCCGUCCAUCCCGGUCAAUAUUAACACAACCCAGCCCCAUUAUAAUUCACUGCCACGUAUGGGAGGGAGCAAGCUACAUGUGUCGCAACUCAGCGAGACCCUGCAUAUCGACACGCACUCGGAACCGAUCCCAUACCGGGCGUUGUACAACUACAAACCGCAGAACGACGACGAGCUGGAGUUGAAGGAGGGCGAUACGGUGUACGUGAUGGAGAAGUGUGACGACGGGUGGUACGUCGGCUCCAGUCAAAGGACCGGCUACUUCGGCACCUUCCCGGGCAACUACGUGGAAAGAUUGUGAGGAAGGCCGAAAGUCCAGAACAUGGACGCGUCCUCGCGAUGCAUCAGGGCCCAGGAUAGCUUUCACCAAAGGCACUAGGCGAAAUCGUUAGGAUAGACACCGAAGUUUUUAACCUUAACCCGAUUGUCUCUGAAAGUACGAUCGUGAAGGUAACUGCAGUCAAAUUUUGAUAAAUUCCAAUGAUUUUAUCGGCUUCUUUUUUUAAUUAUAAAAUUGAAAAACGAAUCUGCAUAUAACAAAAUAUCUGCAGAGUCUAUGAUGCAUUAUCUAUAGGUGAUUGUGAUUAUAAUUGAUUUUAUGAUUAUUUAUUUCUUUAUUGUGCAGAGGCACGUUUGCAGUUUUGGUGUACAAAAAAUUUUUUUAAUUUUAGCAAUUGAUUUUUUAUAAUUUAAUAAUUGAGUUUUAAUUAUUCUCGCAAAUCUUAUUGAUAUAUAAUAUGUAAAUUUUUAUUUUUCAAGAUACUAACUUUGACGAAUCUCUUCAUCUAAUUUUCUAUCUAUUAUAUUUUGAAUCUUUAGAUAAAAUAUUUGCCGAUCUUGUUCGACACGUUGCAUAAUAUGUAAUUGUAUGUAACGCACGUAACUCGUGAAAUGUAACUAAUACAACGAAUACGACUUUUAAUUAAAUUCACGCAACUGCCCGCGUCGCACGAAAGUACUUUCGCCGAGUUCGGCGAACGUGAUUAAAAGCAUUUCGUGCAGACGGUUUUUAUUCUUAUCGCGUUCCGAGUGACGAACAACUUGAGAGGCGAGAGGGUUAAGUGUUUACAACAGGAAGUAAGAAAACGUUACAAGAGUCUUCCUUUUUGGGUCUAACGACGAUAUUAAUCGAUAACGCAGUUAGGAUAAGUAAUAGACACUGUCAGUGUUUGCGGCGUGGAUUAAUGGAGCUCUCGUGCGAUCAGAAUUACUAUCGACAUAUCGAUAAACCGUCAACAUUCAAGAUAUCGAUUUCUCAUCGGUAUAUACUGUCUACUGGUAUAUGACUUAUUACUGGUAUUAGACAUUUGUCUAAUGUCAUCUCAAUCAUUCUUUGUUACGAUUUGAUAUCCGCGUAAUCAUAGUCAAAAAUAUCGAAGAUAGUAAUGACUGAUCAUUCCGGAGCUCUUUUUGACGUCGAAUUUACCAAAAGAUUUAAAAUAGUACGCUAGGAUAUGCGAGUUUGUAAGUAAAGUUUGUAAGUAGUGUACGAUAACAAUUAGUAACUUAUUGUUACUGCUGUCCGCCUGACAGCUGCUACCUUGAAGGUGUCAAAAGAAAGAAAGAAAAAGAAGAACAAGGGGGGCGAGAAUACUAAACAUCGAAGGGGGGAGAUGAGUUUUGAGAUAUCUAAGAGAUAACGAUUAUAGUUUGAGAUUUUAGGGCAGCUGUUCUCCGAGGAAGGGAGCACGCGGAGGCUUGUGUUGAGUUAGAGAGAGACACGGACGGCGGUUUCCCUAUGAUUUCGGUAUUGUAGAUAAAAUCGGCCACUGUUAUUGUUGCAUUCGUGAGUAUUUCGAGACUAACGGACUUAUAAUUGAAAGUUUGCCUUCCCAAAUUAAUAUUUUUGUAAGCAUUAUUUGUACCCAGAGUUAUAUAUAAAUAUACAAUAUAUAUAUAUAUAUAAAUAUAGAUAGUAGAGAUAUAUCUAUAUACAUAAAUCUAUACAUGCGAAUAUAUCGUAUACUGUAUACCACGCGCGAAAAUACUAUAUAUAUAAAAAUACUAAUUACACGUACAUCACAAAUAAUUAGCAAGUGUCGGACGUAAUGUACACGGAAAUGUGUGCAUAUAUAUAUAUAUACUAUAUUGACAGUUAUAUACAUUCAUACAAUUGCAACGUGAAAAUAACGUAUUCAAGCCAGUUCGUCACGAUCUUUUCUAACGUUAACUUUAUCACGAUCGCGCGAUCGCUUAAGCGUUAGUGUAACAGAGGACAAACGCAGUCGACGAUAAAACAGACAAUACUACUACAAUAAUUGUAAAGAAACGAAAGAGAGAUCAUGUGACAAGGGCAUUAUGCAGGCGCCGAAGUAUAUCCGGUAGAUUCGAAAGGCGAUAUAUGCCAUUUUUAUCUUUGAAAGAAGCUAAGAAGGAGAGCUGUCUCUCUUUAUUGCUUCGUGUUUUCAGCGUACAUUUGAGCAGUGGAAGCUUGAUGCAAAUUUUUCUUCUUGUUCGAAAGUAAACGAUGGUUUUGAGAAGUCAAUAUUAUUUUAUCAAUUUUACUAUUACGAAUAACAAAAUUCAAAGGCAGCUAAACGCACCGCUUGAUGUGUGAUGAAAACGCGACAGACAUUUAUUCUUGCGUACAACGCGAGCCUGUGCAUACACGUGCACAUAUAUCCACGUACAUAUCCCGUUAGAUCGUAAGACUUACGGUCUCAAGUUCGACAUUACGAGCCAUCGAAAUAAAAGCCAGGAUUUAUGUAACUCAGCCUUUCCUCUUGUUUUUCAUGCGUAAAGAAAGGCUCGACAGCUUCAAAAUUUUAACAGAAUAUCCAAACGAUGUGGUAUAUCGAGUACACGUUGACGCUGCACAACGUGAACUUUCUUUUUAAUUACUACAAAAUAUCUGGGGAAAGUUAGUAAUUCUUUCGCGAUACUUUCGGCUCACACGUGAGAAAGAUUUUAUUAAUAUAGGUGAAUAAGUUAUCAAAUUAAAUGUUUAAGAUAUUUAAGACUUACUUCUUUUUAUUCGAUCUUAACUUUGACGAUUUUUGUAACGAUAGUAUCGAGACCUUACUGACAAGUGUAGAAUGACCGUUUUGGACGAUGUGACAUGCUCGUCAAUACCGAUAACGCGUGAUUUUUGCUUGACAUUAAAUCGAAUUUCAUCAGUUAACGACGAUUUGAAUUUAUAUUGUUUUCACAACUCGCGCUAACAACGUUACUAUGUAUUAUAUACUCUAGAUGCAAAUAAAAACCUAGUCCAUUACUAAAAA